CAGCAGCAGCUGAAGAACAAUAUAAAAAAAUAAAACAAAAAAAGAAAUACAACACUUGCUGCAACGCAUUAUUAGUCGUUAGCAUUAUGAGCGCUCAUAGCCUGCAGGGGACGUCGACGUCGACUGCAACGUUGCCAACAUCGUGCUGGCAGAGGCAGCGGCAGCGACUACGACGCCGGCGUCGACAGGAAGCGGAAGCAGCGACGCAGAGACGGGCACAUAAACAAAUGCGCCAGACUGGCAGCGCCAACAUAUCAGCAGCUUAUGAAGAUAAUGAUGACAACAACAACAACAACAAGGCCAACAACUGCAAUAACAACAACAACGGCAAGGCCAGCAGAAGCCCCACUGCAACUACAACUUAUAGCAUUUCCGGCUUACCAGAUUGCCAACAACAACAAACGGAACAAAGCAGCCAACACAAGCUAACAACUAGCAUACACCCGCGCGCAUUUCCGUGGCUCUUUCUGUCACCGCUCCUGCUGCUCGUACUCUUAGUUGACCGCUCUUUGUCAGCGACUGGAAAUUACUCGAGCCUGGCACUCAAUGAGAGCGGCACCGAAAUCGCAUUAACCAUAAAUGGGACAACAGCCACAUUAGCAACAGUUGCACCAACCAGCAACAGCGGAGCAGCGACCACAGCUCUGGCUCUGAGCGAAGUGACCACCACCGAGCCGGCGGAUGAGGAGGAUGCUGAAAAUAGCAGCGAAUAUGUUUUCGAUCGCACCGAUGUGCGUGUCAUAUUCAUCACGCUCUAUACGAUUGUCUUCUGCUGUUGCUUUUUCGGCAAUCUACUUGUGAUAUUGGUGGUCACACUGUCGCGUCGUCUGCGCUCCAUAACCAACUUUUUCUUGGCCAACUUGGCGUUUGCUGACUUUUGUGUGGGUCUCUUCUGUGUUAUGCAGAAUCUCUCCAUUUAUCUUAUAGACAGCUGGGUCUUUGGCGAGUUCCUCUGUCGCAUGUAUCAAUUUGUGCACUCGCUCAGCUAUACGGCAUCCAUUUUCAUCCUGGUCGUUAUCUGUAUGGAGCGUUACUUUGCCAUUGUGCAUCCAAUAACCUGUAAACAAAUUUUAACAGCUGCACGUUUAAGGAUGGUCAUUGUCACCGUGUGGAUAACAUCGGCUGUCUACUCAACGCCCAAAUUUGUCUUUAGCAAGACCAUCAAGAACAUUCACACCGAGGACGGGCAGGAGGAGGAGAUCUGUGUGCUGGAUCGUGAAAUGUUUAACUCCAAAUUGCUCGACAUGAUUAACUUUGUGCUGCUCUAUGUCAUGCCUUUGCUGGUCAUGACGGUAUUGUACAGUAAAAUAGCCAUUGCAUUGUGGCGCAGCUCGCGUGGCCUCAGCCCGCAUGUGACACAACAUCAACAGCAGCAGCAACAACAACACCAACAGCAACAGCAGCAACAACAGGCUAACCAGGAGAAUAGCAUGAGCCUGCACAACAGCAUGUACCAUCAUCAUCAUCAUCCACAACAUCCGCACCACCAUCAACUCCACCAACAGCAUCAGCUGCCAGCGUCGGCAGCAGCAGCAGCGUCGUCGCUAGCUUCCGGCAGCAGCUCCACGUCCUUGUCACGUAAACAUAGCAGUAAAUAUGAAAAGCGUGGAGUCAGCAUCACCGAGAGUCAGCUUGAUAACUGCAAGGUCUCGCUGGAGGCGGAUCGGCCCAUUGUGAGCGCUUGUCGCAAAACGAGCUUCUAUCAUCACUCCCACACGCACAAUCAACGACAGGGCAAUGGUGGCGGCGGCGGGGGUGGGGGUGGUGCUGGCGGAGGCGGAGGCGGCGCCACACACAUGUCACAUUCGUCGAGCAAUGUGCUACGCGCCCGAAGGGGCGUGGUUCGCAUGCUGAUAAUAUUUGUGCUGACAUUCGCGCUCUGCAAUCUGCCGUAUCAUGCGCGCAAAAUGUGGCAAUACUGGUCACGUUCAUAUCGCGGUGAUUCCAAUUUUAAUGCGCUGCUAACGCCGCUCACUUUUCUGGUCACGUACUUCAAUUCGGGUGUUAAUCCCCUGCUCUACGCUUUUCUCAGUCGCAAUUUUCGCAAGGGCAUGAAGGAGCUGCUGCUCUGCUCCUGGAAGAAGGGCAAGGGCAAGUCGUCCUCCAAUUCGUCGAUGCAUCACAAGCGCAAGGCGCUGCAGACCCACUCGCUGCCCACGGAUACCACGCACAUUGGCAACGAGCAGCUAUGAUGCCCGAGCUGCUGGAAGACGCACUUCAAGCUCUUCGGUCGUCGCUCGUAGAACCCAUCGGUGGCCGCUCGUGCUGGUCGCAUCUAGCGGUAAUCUCAUUGUGAUUCUCUAAGAAGCCCUAUUGCUUGGUUGGAUUAGCAAUUAAAAUUACGAAUUACCUAACCAUAGGUUUUAUUAUCAUUGUCAUUGUUGUAUGAUGAGAACUAAGCCAAUUUAAAAAGCCGCAUUCGUUACAGGCUAAAUCGAAAAGCUCUUUAAGAAACUGGAGAAGCUACUCUAUAGCUCGUAAAUUAUAAUUAAAUUAUUCUAUAUCUCGGUAUAUGCUGCGUGUGCAUAUUUUUUAAAUGUAUGAAGUCAUGUUUAAAGUGAUACAA